ACAAGACAUGUUUGCAGCAAAUGGGAUUGUUGACAUGGAUGAGCAGGAAAAUUUUCAUCAAUUAAAAACAAAUGUAUCGAGCAAUGAUUCUAGACAUGUAAAACAAAAAUCUGAAAAAUGGUUUGAAAUUCGUUCAAAAGCUAUGGUUACCGGUAGUACUUGCAACACUGCUUUGGGAUUAGGUCUGUUAAAAGAGCAACAAGCUCAUUUCGAUAAGGUUGUCAAUCGAAAGGAAAGCACGGUCCAAUUUUCUGAACAACAGAAAUCCAAUAUGGAAUAUGGAAGUUUGCACGAAAUCGACGGCGUAGCAACAAUUGUAGGCCAUGUCCUUCCAGCAUUUUUCCCGAAGCUUGAUUUUUAUGAAGAAGGGUGCGCAAGACUUGCAAACAAAAGUAACGAUUCAUUUCUUGUAGCAAGCCCCGAUGGAAGCUUAAGGGAAUCGGUAGAAUUGGAUCCAAAACUUAUGUUUGAAAAUAAGUGUAAGGUGAAAAGUAAAUACACUACCCCUGUGUUCUAUGAAAUACCCAAAUAUUACAUUCCGCAACUGCUAUGUGAAAUGUCUGCAUACAGCUGUAACAGUCUCCUGUUUAGCUGUUGGUCCAAGCAAUCAACAACUGUAUUUCAGGUAGAAUUUGACGAUGAGCUAUGGAAGAGCAUAUGGGAACAACUUGAUCAAUUGUACGGUUCAGAAAAUCCAAAACGUCCAACAAAAUUUUCAGAAAAGAAUAAAGAUAUUCGAACAAUGAUAAAUGAAUAUCAACAGCGUAAAGUGUCAUUCUUGGGAGAGUUUCCGUUUUGCAGUGUAAAACAAACACCAAAAGAUGUAGAAUUUGUCACGGGUGGACCUCAUGUUAUGAAUACAAAAAAGCAACCCGUAGAAUCACAUGACGGAGCAAGAACAGAUAAUGUUUUAAGCCUGCUACGAGGACUAGAAAAAUGGUUUGAUGAAGUUUAUCAGCUGUGUCGGACAUCUGCAACAGAGAUCCUUAUGUUUAUGGUAAAUGAUUUAGAUCGGAAGUUUCACUUAGAAAUAAAUAAUGCUCAUCCUGUUGCCUACGCACUUAAAGGCUCAAGUAUGACCUUCGAAGUAUUUAAACUAAUGAUUGAACAUGUAAUAAAAAAGUGUGAAGAUAAAGGUCUAAGAGUCAUUGCCACAUCAAGUGAUGGUCAAUGGCACAAGUAUGGUGUAAGGGGUUCAAAGGAUGUGCGUCUCACUGUAUAUCAGCUACAAAAGGAUAUGUGGAAAGAGCAAAAAUCGAAACCAAAAUCAGCCUUGUUAAAAGAUGUAAGGAACAGGUACAAAGUAUCAGGUUUACAAGAUAUUUUGAUUGAAAAAGAGGAAUCAGGCAGAUUGAUAGUACUUGGUCACACUCGAGAUUCUCCUUUACGUGUAUACAGCAGUACAGCACAUAAAUGGCAGUUAAAAUCAGACAAGUUUGAACAGAAUGAAGACAAGUCUGACAUUAAUGAAUCUCGACAAGGAAGCGACACUUUAACUUUGAUUCAGUCUCUAGACAGUGAACAUGAUUUAGAAGAAGAGGACGUACGUGAGAUUUCAUCAAUAAACCCAAACGCACAUGAACAGAAUGCUGUUAUCGACAUGCAUUUAGGUGAAUUCAUGAGAUUAAUGUUCAGUGAUACAGACAAUGCUAAUUAUUACAAUACAGAUAAUACUGAUGAACUUUUUGAUGUUAAUAAUGAUUUCAGAGAAAGCCUUAAUACAGCCGUUCAUCUGAAUUUACCAGUUUCUACCUAUGAUGUGAACAAUAUUACAACACAACCUAAUUGUUUCUCUGUAAACGACACAGAAAUAGGAACUGCAGUGAGUAGUGCAUUUGCUGCGCUUAGUGGAGACACAGAUAUUGGAGGUAUUUCUACUAUGGAGAUCGAUUCAUUUACAAAAAAAUGAAAUGGAAACAUUCACAAGUAUGUCCGAAAAUGAAGUGACAGAAAACCUGAAUGUUGAAGAUAACUUGCAAGAAAUACAAAGUUUGAAUUUUGCACAAAGUGACACUUUAAAUGACGAUUGUAAAGAACUAUUGAAUGCCUUAAGGAAUGUUGACAACAAUCGCAAGACUUUUUGGGAAGCUUCUUCGGUUGAAAAGUUGUGCACGAUUUUAAACGAUAAUAUGAAGAUCUUUAAAACAUUACAGAAGAAAGAAAUCAUAAUAUGCCUAGAUACCUUGAAGAAGCGCCGAAAGGAAAAUCUGACGUACUUCCUGUCAUGGAAUAAAACUAAGUUAACCGACGCACUAUCAAAAGUUUUUCACAAUGUCAGUAGAAAUACUGCAGUCGAUGAGGAUCAAAGAAAACCAAAACAGAAAUAUAACCCACCAAAACUAUCAAAACUUGCAUCGAAAUUCUUAAACAAAAUACCAAAAGACACUUUAGCAGUUACUAUAUGUGAAAAUAUUUGGCCUAAAAACUUUGAUAAAUGGUCAGAACGUUCCAUUGUAAAGAAUAGUGAUGCCCUCACCGGCUGUGAAAAGAAAAAUUGGUUUUCUCAGCCAUGUGUAGCUGAAUCAGGAAAUCCAAUGUUUCACUUUAAUGAUGCAUGUCAUAUUUUGACGUGUUUAAGGACAAAAAUUUGUACAACUGGAAUUUCUGGUUUAAGUAAAGCUGUAUGGGAUGAAGCAGCAGAAAGUAAAGACACCAUGCUGAAUAUUGCUAUUGUUAAAGAGUGUGUUGACAAACAGAGUGUAGCUUUUGCAAAAAGGGUUUUCGGCGAAGACGUGGAAUUAUUUAUGAAAAACAAGUCAUAUGAUAAAGAAGCAAGAUUUGUUCACCUACUGAGAAGAUGGUUUGAGGCCGAGGACGAGCCAGGAAUAUCUGUACUAGAAAGAUGUUCUAGACGAUUGGAACUUAGAGACUAUCUUCUUGAUGAAGUAAAUUUUGGGUCAUUCCCUCCUAAAACACAAUAUAUCAAAGGCAUACCUAUAAUUACGUACGAGUCAUUACUAGUCCACAUUGAACGUAAACUGCAGAUUUUUCAUUUCUUGCCGGAGAAAUGCUAUAACCCCCGAGCUCUUGGUACACAGGAAGUUGAACAAUUUUUCAGCACUCUACGUGACCUUGACCCAUCAGGGCUAGGAACACCGAAGCCAGACGAUAUUCCAGACAUGAUGGCAACUGCAGCUUUUCCUUGAUAAUGUCAGAAUGGACCCUGAUAGAUCUUUCUUUAUAAGGACAAGUAAAGCACCCGUGUAUCCGGACAUCUCGCUGUUAUCAACACAAACCAUGGAAGGAAACGACUUACCAUCGAGUACUCUUUAUAGAGACCACUUCUUUGACACUGCAGACAGAAAACGCAAGAAGCAGAAACGAAAAACUGGAAAUGUGUCAGCACCAGAUCAACCUGCGCAUGGACAAAGGGGCGUCAGGCAAUUCCAUGCAUGCGAUGAA